AUGGGGUUUGGAAUCGUCGAAGACCGCCCUACACCUCCCGAGGUCUACAAUUGGCGAAUCUACACACUCGCAAUCGUAGCAUCAUUUGGAGCUCUCACAUUCGGCUACGAUGGCUCGUUCUUCGGAACGACGCUCGCCCGAGCCAGCUUCCAGGAGCAUUUCGGCUUCAAGGAUAUGUCCGCUUCUGCUCGAACAUCCAACACGUCAAACAUCACCUCGUCCUACCUCGCCGCGGGUUUCUUUGGAUCACUCUCUGCUUGGCCGUCCAGCGAGACGCUUGGUCGGAUUCGGGCAAUGCAGGUCAGCUGCGCUAUCUUUUUGGUCGGUGCUGUUCUCAUGACUGCUACAACCUCGAGCUUGCCAAUGAUGUAUGCCGGGCGAGCCUUGACUGGCUUUGGUGUGGGUGCUUUGACGGGUAUCAUCCCAUCCUACAUUGCGGAGGUGGCUCCCACCGCUAUUCGUGGACAGUUGACCGGGUAUUUUGACGUAGCAUACCAAGUCGGCUCGUUGGUCGGUUUCUGGAUCAACUACGGCAUCAACCAGAACAUGGGAGUUGACGCGGCGAUCACCUUUCGCAUUCCCUUGGCUAUUCAAAUCAUCCCCGGAGGUCUUUUGGCUUUGGGGACGCUCAUUCUUCGAGAGUCGCCUACUUUGUUAUGGCGAAAGGGCAAGAGGGAACAAGCUAUCAAGAACCUCUGCUACCUUCGCCAACUUCCUGCCGACCAUCAAUAUAUGCUGGAAGAGGUUGGCAGAAUCGAGGCCAGGCUAGAAGAAGAAGAACGUCUAUCUGGCGGUCAGACAGGUUGGUUGGCUAUACUGCGUGGCUCGAUGACCGAGAUGAAGACUCCGAGCAUUCGAUUCCGGCUCGCCGUCAUAGUUGGAAUGUUCAUGUUCCAGAAUUGGUCUGGCUCCAUCUGCAUAAACUACUACUCUCCGAUCCUAUUUCGCUCCCUUCUCAUCAGCGACGUGGCGCUAUACACUGGGAUAUACGGAGUUUGCCGCUCAACCGCAGCUAUUGCCUUUUAUGCCUUCGUCGUGGACCGCACGGGUCGUCGACUGCCCUGGCUGAUAUCCGCCUCAACAUGCUCCCUGACUCUUUUGUAUAUCGCGAUCUUCACAACGGUGGCCGACACAACCGUAGGCGCUCCGUCUGCCUCGGUUCACGCUGCCGGUACCGGCGCAACCGCGAUGGUGAUGCUUUACGGAAUCUUCUGGAGUUUUGGAGGAAACGGUCUACCAUGGAUAGUAGCCGCAGAGAUCUUUCCAGCCCGACUUAGGCCAAUCACCGGUGCCUUUGCUGCUUCCUUGCAAUGGUUCUUCAGUUUUAUCCUCACGUUGGUCUUCCCGUAUAUGAUUGCCUCUGACGUGGGCGCAAACGGGACAUUCUUUUUCUUCUCCGCGCUUUGUUUCUUGACUGCUGUAUUUACCUUCGUUUGGGUCCCCGAAACCAAGGCAGUGCCUAUCGAGUGUUGCGAGGCGUUGUUCUCUGGCAAGAUGCGGCAUGCGGCCUGGCGAGCCGAAAAGCUCUUUCCACCGAACGGUAUUCCACCUCUUCCUGACCAUAUCGCGGCGGGCGAAGCGGCAUACAUUCAGGCGCAUCGGCCAUCGUCACCUUCGUAUGACUACAAGGUUAAGAACGAGCGGGAGGAGAUCGAAUCUGUAUGA